AGUGACGAUAAGCAUUAAGCAAAGCCGAAUCAUUCGAGCCUAUUCUCUAUGGCGAGCGAAGUUCCUCCCCCGGCCGCCGCUGCCACCGCCGUCGAUAAGCCUUCAAAGCAGCAUGACCGGAGGCUGAACAAGCAAGACGAGGCGAGGCGACCUCGUUCCAUUUUCGAGGUUCCACGCGAUUUUUUUGAUUCGUGCCGCCUCUUCCACUCAGGCCUGUCUUCGCUUGUGGAUUCCGACCUCUCGCCCAAGGACGAUGUGGAGCAAUCGAAAUUGGAGGAGGAGAUAGUCGAAGAUAGCAGCAGCACCAGCGGCGAUGCCAAGCUUAUGCAGAGAUGGUCUUGCAGCACUUGUAAGGCGGACUUCGAUUCUCUCCAAGACCAGCGGCUGCACUUCAAGUCUGAUCUCCACCGGUUCAAUAUAAAGCUAAGUGUUGCUGGAAAAAAUAUUAUUAAAGAGGAAGACUUUGAUGAAGAGAAGUCGGAUAUGUUAUGUAGAGACAAUGAUGUAUCUAGCAUUUCUGGAUCAGAAAAUGAGGAUGACAGGGAGGGUAGUCUCCACCCGCGACAAGAAUCUGGUGGAAUUUCGAAGAAAAAAUUAUUUAUACAAUUACAGAGUGGGGAGAGAGUUUCUGUUUGGAGAACUUUGAUACUUGAUGAAUCCGAACACGUUUCCUUCGAAAAUGAUAAGUCAAUUGUUAUGGAUAGGGCUGGAGAUGUGUAUUUAACGCCAAAAGAAGUGAUUGAAAAACUGAAAUAUGUGCUUCAUGAACCUAGAGAUAAUACCUACUUGAGAAUUGUUUUACUUGCAAGAGGCGGACACUUUGCUGGGUGUGUCUUUGAUGGUAAUUCGCUUGUGGCUCACAAGACUUUUCACAGAUACGUUGUUAGGGCAAAGGCAGGGAAAAAACAGUCAUCUAAAGAUGCAGGAGGCCGGGCUAUUCAUUCAGCUGGAGCUUCACUUCGUCGAUAUAAUGAAUUAGCUCUUAAAAAGGAUGUUCAAGAGCUACUUAUUUCUUGGAAGCCAUAUUUCACUGUUGCCUCCUGCGUGUUUUUAUAUGCUCCUUCAAAUAACCGGCAACUUCUUUUUGAUGGAGAUAAACCUAUUUUUAUCUGCCAACAUCGUGCAGUUAGAAAUAUCUCAUUAACUGUUCGAAGACCUACCUUUAAGGAAGCUAGACGACUAUAUAACUUACUGACACAAAUUUCCCCCGAGACAAGUGAAGAAAUAUCUCUGACUACUGAUGAGAAGUUAUUACCUUAUGCAAAUGUCAGAAAUGACAGUAACCCUAUGUCCAGUAAAGCAGAGUUGGGAGAUACUCCGAAGGAUCCAGAAAUGGGGAAAUUAUGUUCUGUUGCGACCAAAAUUGACAGUUUGUCCUUGUCCGAUGAUUCAAAGAAAGAAACUGAUACUGUCGGCACAUCAACACCUUUACAUGAUGCUGCAAAGUCUGGGAAUGCUCAGAAAGUUUUGGAAUUGCUCGAACAGGGUCUAGAUCCUUGCAUUAAGGAUGAGAGGGGUCGAACACCGUAUAUGGUCACUAGUGAGAAGGAAGUGAGGAAUACUUUCAGACGUUUCAUGGCAUCAAACCUUGAGAAAUGGGAUUGGCAUGCUGCUAAUGUACCUAGUGCACUGACGAAGGAGAUGGAAGAGUCUCAGGCUGCUAAGCAGGCCGAGAAAGAUGCGAAGAGGAAAGCAAGAGCAAAAGAGUUGAAGAAACUACGAAAAGCAAAAGAAAAGAAGGCUCAGGCAGAAGCUGCUCAAGCCCAGAAUCACUCAUCCGCGUCAGGUGCAUCUAAUCAUAAAGGGAGUUCUCUAUCAAGCAGUUCCAUGACAAUGUCCAGAGAGGAGGAGCGGAAAAGAAUGAUCGAUGCUGAACGGGAAAAAAGAGCUGCUGCUGCUGAGCGACGAAUAGCAGCAGCACAAAAAGCUCGAGAAUCUGAAUCAGGGACUUCUAAUAAUGCAGAGGCUAAGAACACAACUGGUACCGAUAUUCUAUGCUCGUGCUGCAGUGCAUCCCUCGCCGGUAAGGUACCGUUUCAUCGAUACCAUUAUAAAUACUGCAGCUCUACUUGCAUGCAUGUGCACAAAGAUAUCCUUGAGUUGAGUGAUUAAUUUCCAUUUUGUGACCA